AGGCCCCCCCAAUCCUCAAAACAACAUAUCACCUGUGCAAAAUAAAGGUAGGAAAUGAUUUAACGUAAGCUGUAAAUUCACAUGUCGAAUCAAAACAAAUUGAUAACUUGUUCAUGUGUUGAACCAAAACUACAUGAAGUAGAGAUGCAUUUAAGAAGGGUGCUUAUUGUAACUCAGGGGAUAUGAUGGAGGCAGUGGCAUUUAGAUGAGUGGGGCAGAGCCUAGGUGGCACAUUUUUGUCUAUAUUGAGGGGCAUUUUCUGUCAAUUACAAAGUUUUUGUUUUGUUUGGGGGAGUGGGGGGGGGGAUCUUGGCCCAACCCUGAUAACGCUAACCCUAGUUACACCAUGGGGGGAGGUUAAAGAAUGAGAAUUUUGUGGAUGCCUUUUAUCAGAGGCCCCAAAUUAAACUUGCUUGAAAGCUUAUCACUGACUUCAGAAUGUUUUUGAUUUGUAUUGAAAUAUUCUGAUUUAUUUUGCGUGCUAUCAGUGUUUAUUAAUUCAUAAUUUUCUCAACUGAAUGCUAAAGCUAAUUAUUAUUUGAUAUUCACUUAAAUUCAACAUUUUUAUCAACAGCUGCAAGAAAUGGAUGAUAUUGAUUUUGAUGCUGAAUCUGUUGAAAGCAAGGAUUCAAAUUAUGCUGAUCCUAUUAUACUGAAUAUAAUGGAUUCUGAACUUGUGUAUAACCAGUUUUGUAAUUCCAUCAAAGUUCCUCAAACUCAUCUUUACUCUAAUUGUAAGAGUAAAGAUACUCAUCAGGCCCUACACAACAAACCAUCGAUUGACAAUGUUAGACGUCGAGGAAAUGAAAAUUUUAGUAGGAUGUUUGAUUCACAUGCUUGGGAUGAAAGCAAAACCUUGGAUGAGGAAAUAAAUUUUGAUUCUAUGAGUGAUGGCCUUGGGGCCAACCUAUGCUUUAGUUCUGAGUUUCUUGACACUUCUGAAUUCAGUUUACCGAUUGCUGAUGAUCUCAUGGAUUUUCUAGAACAACCCCAGCAAAUGUCACAGACUUUUGAAACCUUAGGAAACAAAGAAAUAAAUAACAAACUUAUUCCAAAUUCAACAGAUUUCCUCGCCACCUUAUUAACUGUUGGCGAAACUGACUUUAUGGAAAAUGAUUUACUUUGGGGAGAUAUCGUGAAGGAUUUGGACACACAUUUUCUUUCUGAUGACUUUGUUAACACUGAAUGCAAACGUUUUUUCGACACUGAGUCAAAAAAUAUUUUUGCUGAUCUUUCUACUGCUGACAAUGAUAACAGUGCCAUUGAUGCGUCAGUAAGCAACCUGAAACAACCACAAGAAACUUCAGGAAGCACAAGUGAAAGCAAAAACAACUCUGACAAUUUUGAUUAUGAAUGUGUUAUUGAAAUUGGAACACUUUCCCCACAGAAAAGCACUGAACGCUCCCCUGUGCCUUUUAAUGAUAAAAUUGAAGAAAAUAGCAGUCAGUUCUUGAUAACAAGUGAUUCCAAUGAAAUACAUCAAAAGUUUGCUCAUCUAAAUACAAUUAAUCAUCUUGAUAUUUCUGGGCCAGAAACUCUUGCAGAUGGUGCAUAUGUUACAGUUGAUAAUAUACAUUAUGCAAUGUAUCCUCCAAAUGCAUCACUCUCUGAUUCAACUGAAAGAGCAGUCAUUAGUAAAACUCAAGUUCAUUUAGAUUUUUCAUCUGCGCCUCAAAGAAACCUACAAAGCUACAAAAACAGCUCUUUAAUUUCACUCCAGAAAAGCAAGACACAAAAAAAAAGUAAGACCGUUAAGAAAGUAAGGGCAACUAUUGAGAAACCAGAUAGUCAUGCUAUUCCCAGAAAAUCUAAAGCUACAAAAAUUAAUGAAAUUUUAAAUAUCAAAUGCCAAAAGUCUCAGGUGAGAAGAAAUCCCUCCUCUAUUAGAAAUACAAGUCCGAAAGAGCGAUUUUCUAAUGCAUCACCCAUUAGUGAUCAGCUUAUGUCAGACACAGCUUUUCAGCAAACAGAGGAGCCAGAGUGUAACUCUAAAAAUACAACUGAAAUGAAAAAAUUAAUCAAACCUCAUCAGACCAAGCAAUCCAAAACAGCCUCCAUCAAAGUUGACAAAAAUGGCUGUCUAAUUUCUUUGCCUAAAAACAAUGUCAACACACUGAUGGUGAAAGAUUUGUUGUAUAUGUCUGGACGGAAGAAGAAAGAGAACAUAAAAGAUGCCACUGAAGAAUAUCGUAGGAAUAUUCUCACAAUCAUGCAGAGGAAACAACUGCGCCUGAAGCAGAGUAGAAAUUACUAAUUUGAAAAUGAG